CCAAUUGCGAAAGCAGCUAAUCAAGCUUGGAACGCUUAUGCGCUUGCAGCGAAAGCAAACACGUUUGUCUCAGUGGCACAAAAAGCGGCUCCGCCUCCAAAAAUAAGUUUUAAGGCCGCGCAAGCUGGACUUCAGUUUCUUGCAAAGACAUCUUUUCCUGUGGCGAAGAAUGCUAUAGCUUUGACGCAUGGGCAACCAAAGGCCGACCAGUUUGCGAAGUAUGGGGACCUUAUGAUGCCAGGAGAUCGAGAUACCGCGGACUUUGUGCGUAAUACGUUUUCCCGUACUCCCAAAAACGGCGGAAACAUCCAUGCGGCUCGUGCGCAAUUCAACGAAGAGCAUCAUCGUCCGAUACCUCCACCGAACUUCAUCAAUAAUUUUUCAGAUGACCCCCCUUUGGGAGCAGGACCACCGCCGAAGCCGAAGGCCCCUGCCUGGGGCGUCGCAAAGGCGAAGGGAGCACAGCCGGCUUUUGUGGCAAAGGCAAAGGGAGCACAACCUGCCUGGCCAGCUCAACCUUAA